UUGAUAAUCAAGUUUCUCAUACCUAUUUAGAUGGCGCUUUACCCAGUUUUUCUGUUACAACACACUGGAAAUAAAGUUUUAGUUUGUUGUGGUUUAUGUUGCGGUCCAGGUAACGAUAAAAAAGGAUAAAAAGGAAAAAUUAAUCGAUAUGCAAAAAUGCUGGACGAUGCCGAGCUGUUUUUACAAAUUUGCCAAAAACAAGGAAUCCUUGUUGAACAAGAAAUUAUCGAGGCGUUCAAAACAAGCUGUUCGACAGGAGAAUUACAACUUGCUCACACAUCUAUAAUAGCUAGUUUAUGUAAAAUUAUUGGUCAAGUGUUAUCGUCAAGUCCUAUUAUUAAGCUGGUGAAUCUUAGUGAUUGUAUGUUGAUUCCAAAAGGAUCAAGCUAUAUUUUAAAAGCACUUUUUGAAGGAUCAAGUGUUUCAUCAUUAUAUCUCAAGGGUAACAAUAUAAAUGGUCCUUUGGUUGAACAACUUGGUGAAAUGUUAAUUCAUAAUAAUACUCUUAAAAUUAUACAUAUCGAAUGGAACAACUUAGGAUCACAGAUUGAUUGUUUUUAUAAGUUUUGUGAUGGUUUAGCAAAAAAUAAUUGUUUAGAAGAGUUAGAUCUUCGAUAUAAUCAAAUAUCUACAAAUUGUGCAGAUCCACUUGUCAAAGUUUUAACACGCAAUAAGAACUUAAAAAAAUUAGAUUUAGCUUGGAAUUCUUUAGGUACGAAUGGUGGUAAAAAGAUUUUACAAGGUAUUCAAACAAACCGUGUAUUAUUAUCUUUAAAUCUUAAAGGAAAUUGCAUACCAAAUGAUAUACAUUCGGCUAUAACUGAACAAAUAAUAGAAAAUAAAAAAAGACGAAUAUUGUGUGAAACACCAAUAGUUUUAAAAGAAAAUAUCUGUUCAGUUUCAGUUUCAAGUGAAGAUGAUGGGGUUUUCCAAAUAAAAUCUAGAAUACAAACAAAAAAAAAAUGGAAAGAAAGACCAACAACAUCAAUUGAAGAAUUAAAUAAUAUUGCUUCAGAAAAUUCAAGAAAUGAUGAUAAAAAUGGUUCAAAAAAUAAAACAUUAAUACGAAUUUCAAAAAAUACUGAUACUGGAAAUUAUAAUUUUACAGAAAUUGAUGAAAAAAUGGAAGCUCUUAAUAACAUUUUACAAGAUAGAUCAGCAACUAUAGAUCAUUUAAGAAGUGAUUUAGAAUCAAAAACUACAGCACUUAAAUUAAUACACACUGAAAAUGAAGAAAUAAAGUCUGAGCUUGAACGUGUUAAGGACGAAAAUUCUAAUAUUCGUGAAGAAAAAACUACAGAUAUUGAAAACUUGAAAAAAGUCCACAUGAAAUUAGAAAAGAAUUGGAAAGAAUCCUACAAAGACUUAGAAGAAACAUAUGAAAGUAAUUUAAAACAAAAACAAGAAAUAGAUGCCAAAAAUCGUGCUUAUGAAAAAGAAUUGAGAAAAGCUACUUUAGAAAUUCAAUCUAUAAAAGAUAAACUUUCAUCCACUAUACAAAAUUAUGAAGAUACUAUAUCAGAAUGUAAAACUGAUGUUCAUCGAAUAAAAAGGGAAAUACAAGAAAAAGAAAAUCGUUACAAGAUAGAAAUUAACACUUUAAAAGAAACUUUGAAAGAGUCUACAGAAGCUUUAGAAAAAUGCCAAGAGCAUUUGCAAAAGCUUAGAAAUGAAUUCCGAGAAACAGUCGAGUCGCAGUCAAAAUUAAAGAUGAAAGCAGAUGAAAAUGAAAGAUUUGCAGCUAAGACGAUGAAAAUUGAAGAAGCUUUACAUAAAUCAAAGGAGGAGAGAGAGAAACUGGAAGAGAAACUUCAAGAAUCAAGAAAGUCAAUUGCUUACCUUCAAAAACAAGUAAUAAAACUUCAAGAAGAAUCGAUAGAACCACAGAAAAGAUAUGAGGCUUUAAAAAUGGAAUUACAAUUGGAGAAAGAAAGAUCAUGUAAUUUGAAAUCGGAACUUCAAGACCAAACUGCCAGAAUUCGAGAACAAAAUGACCAAGUCCAAAAGAUGCUUUCUCAAGUAAAUGGAUUGUAUGCACAAAUAAGUGAAGCACAAAUUAAUCAUGUAGAAUCACUUCGAGUGAAGGAAACCGAAAUCGAAAAGUUAAAAAACGUUAUUAUGCAAAAAACGAGAGAACUGGAUGAUUUCAAAUCUGAACAAGUUCAAAGAGCACAUCAAUUUCAAGCAGCUAUUAGCAAAUUUGUUGGAUCUGUCGUAUAAAAUUGUACAACUUUUGAAAAAUCGUAAUGAGAUACAUAACUUACAAAACAUUUCAUCUUAUUAUAAACAUUUUUAUAGUCAGAUCAAACG